GACGAAUUUGCUAUCUUUCAGAAAAUAAAAACCAACGUGCUUGAAAUAAAAACGCAAAUUUAUAUUUUUAAAAAGAAUAGAAUGGGAAAAGUUAAAAAUCUUGAGAAGAAACCGAAAUCAGCUACUCAAUUUGAUGAAAACAGUCCAAAAGACAGAGUCAAAUCAAUCAAUGAUGGGAAAUUGAAGAAAAAGUCAAAGAAAGUAAAUAAAUCAUCUGCACUUGGUGGAAGCAUCGAGAAAGAAGUUAUUCCUCUGGUUAAGGAAGCUAAGAAAGAGAUUUCUAAAGCUAAAAAGUCAGAAAAGAAAACUAAGAAAAAAACUGAAGAGUCACCUACCGAGGUCCCAGCUGAAGUGCCAGAAGAGCUUGCAAAACGAAGUGUAAUUAAACAAGCAGUGAAAGCUGCAAAGGCCGGGAUUGAAAAAGAAAAGGAAUCAGCAACUGCUAAGUUAUUCGAUGAAGAAUUACGCUAUGGACUUCAGGUUGUCGCUUUAAAAACUCCAAAAAUUCCAGCACACACCAAGAAAAUUUCAUUGGAGCAUUCAUUGUUUGGUGAGCAGCAGCCUGAUGUUUGCUUUAUCAUUCGUGAUUUGAAAAUGAAGAAAACUGAUCGUUCGGUUGAAGAAGCAAUCAUGAAGUUCGAAGAAAAACUUAAGGAAUCUGGAAUAACUGGCAUCAAAACAAUUCUUCCUCUUUCAAAGUUGAAGAAAGACUUUGGACCGAACAAUAUGAAACUUAAACUUCUCAAUACUUACGAUUUGUUCUUAGUAGAACAAGAAAUUGCUGAUCACACAUACACAAUUCUUGGAAAGCAUUUCAUUAAGAAACGCAAACGUCCACACCAAAUCGACACAAGCAAGACCGAAACUAUGAAAUUAGCUAUUGAAAAGGCAAACCGAAAGGUCUCGUUUAAGCUCAGCUCCAAUAGCAAUUUCUCAAUCUUCGAAGUUGGUGUUCAUAAUAUGGAAGACUCGAAGUUUGUUGAUAACAUCACUUCAGCACUUGAACAAUUAAAAGAGAAAUGGCCUGGUGGAUGGAAGAAUAUUAGUCGCUUAUACUUAAAGCCCAUGCGAAACUCCAAAGUUAGCAUCCCAAUUUAUUACUCGAAAAUUGAUCCAAACGAUGUUGAAGUUCCAGUCGAAGUUGGUAUUAAACAAUCAAAACUGGAUAAAAUCAAUGAACAACUUGCUAAGAAAUCCAAGAAGUUGCGUAUUGAUCGUAAGACAAAGAAAGUUGUUAAAGUUGCACUGAAGUCUGACGAUCAAACAAAAGAAAAUGAUAUGAAAACAGAGAAAAAGGACAAGAAAAGAAAACUUAACGAAAAUGACCAGGAAAAUGAAAAAGAUGAAAAGAAGAUUAAAAAGAAGAAGCAAAAGUCAGAAGAUUCUGAAGAAAAAUCUUCAAUAAAAAAGAAGAAGAAGAAGUUAUCAGAAUCAGAAGAAGUUCCAGCAAAUCUUGCAGAAGCAACUGCGGAUGUCAAUCAGGAAAAGAAGAAAAAGAAGAAGAAAAAUUCUGAAAAAGAAACUGAAACGGCUGAUGAGCCUUCAGUGUUGGAAACAGGAAAGAAAAUGAAGAAGAAAAAGGAAAAGAAAAUAAAAUAAAGUGAUGAGAAUGGAAAAAUAAAGGAAAUGAAUUAAAAUAUAGACAGGAAAAUCGUUUUAAUUCUCUUACACUAUC